CAAUUCUCUACCUCUCCCCCAAGACACACCAAGAAUCUCCACAUCAUGCAAAAAGCCAUCCCAUACAGAGCCUGGCCGGCUCCGCCCUCCUCCUCCGCCGCACCGGGCGGCUCUCCAUCGGCAAGCGUGCAGCAACUGGCGGCGGAGAAUGCAGUGAUAGUGUUCGGGCAGCGCGGCUGCUGCAUGUGCCACGUGGUGAAGCGCCUGCUUCUGGGGCUCGGCGCCAACCCGCCGGUCGUCGAGCUGGACGAAGGCGAGGCUGCCGCUGCGGCCGAUCAGUUAUCGAGAAUUUCCGGCGGCGGUGAAGGCGGAGAGGCGCUGCAGUUUCCGGCUGUCUUCGUCGGCGGCAAGCUGUUCGGCGGGCUGGAAAGGGUCAUGGCCACCCAUAUUUCCGGCGAGCUUGUUCCCAUAUUGAAAGAAGCCGGAGCUCUUUGGCUUUGACUGUUAACCCUUUCUGUUUCUCUCUCUGACUUGUUAUUUUGGGUUAAGAUUUAAGACUCUUGAUAUAUAGUUACUUUCGAAAUUUCAAAUUUGAGAUCUGGGACUACCGUGAGGACUCUCUGAAUUCACAAGCAACUUCUUCUUCUUCUUCUGAUUUUCUUAUAUAUAUAUAUAUAUAUUGAUGUAGUUUGAUUUUGGAGCAGAGCAAAUUGGCAGGGGUUGAAUAUAGCUAGUUGGAUGAUGUAAUUUUUUAUCUGAUCUUGGCGUUAAUCAUGUAUAGAUUGAUGGGUUUUCGAUCGUAUGAAUCUGAUUAAAUCAUCGAUCGAUCGAUCCAAUACUUGUU